CGCCGCCUCCUCUUACUUCGAGCCGCCCAAAACGCAAGAGAACCGAGGCGCCGGCACCGCCGCCGCCGCCGCCCCCUCGCCAUGCACGGGCUGUGCUACUACUCCCUCUGCUUGGUGGCGGCCGCUGCGGUGGGGCUUUCCAAAGCCAACAGGAAUUGCCCGGACCUGGUGGUUGACAGCUGUCUCUGCACCGCCGAGCGCUCCAAGGGACCCGGCCGGCAAACGCUCCGCAUCAAAGUUGUCUGCAGCGGAGGCGACUUGGCGGAAACUUUGCACCCCUCCUUGCUGCCCAACCGCACCGUCUCCUUAAUUCUGAGUAAUAACAAGAUCCUAUGGCUAAAGAGCAACUCUUUCAUUGGACUGAGAUCCCUAGAGAGACUAGAUUUGAAGAAUAAUUUAAUUAGUAACAUUGAACCAGGAGCCUUCUAUGGACUUUCAGAACUGAAACGCCUGGAUCUUUCCAAUAACAGAAUUGGUUGUUUAACACCUGAAACAUUUGUGGGUCUUAAAAACCUUCAUAAAUUGAAUUUAUCAGGGAACAUUUUUUCAAGUCUCACGAAUGGACUUUUCACUGAGCUUCUCGCUUUGAGGGCUUUACAUUUCUAUACUGAUUCCCUCAUUUGUGAUUGUAAUCUCAAAUGGAUCUUAUACUGGGCUACAAAUUCCUCAGUGCGGAUAUCAGAGGAAACUGUGUGUGCUUUUCCAAGGAGUUUACAAGGAGCAUCAUUUCGCGGUCUGAAAGAAAAUCAGUUGAUAUGUGCUGAUCCAUUGGAGUUGCCUCUUUUUGAAUUGAUACCAUCACAGAAACAGGUGGUUUUUCAUGGUGAUCGCUUACCAUUUCAGUGUACAGCAACAUACCUCGACAUUACAACACAGGUGCAUUGGUAUCAUGAUGGUCGCUUGGUUGAAACUGAUGAGGAAAGAGGCAUGUUUGUCGAGGAGACCAUAAUACAUGACUGCUGUUUAAUUACACGGGAGCUUAUCUUAUCCAGUAUCGAUAAUGAUGCAACUGGAAUGUGGGAGUGUGUGGUUAGCAACUCCUAUGGAAGCAUUUCUAAGAAGGUGGAAAUCAUUGUACUAGAAACAGCUGCACCUUAUUGUCCUGCUGAAAGAAUAAUUAACAAUAAAGGUGAUUUCAGGUGGCCUAAAACUCUGGCAGGUGUAACCGCUUACCAUUCAUGUUUUCAGCAUUCCUUAAGAUCAGCUCCCUUUCUGAAUGGGGAAGAAGAGUUAAAAGCAUGGCGUAAUUGUAACCGCACAGGUUGGUGGGAUGAAGAAAAUUAUUCCAAAUGUCCUUAUUCACAGGAAGUAACUCAAAUCCUUCAUGCCUUCAGUCAGAGGCAUCUAAAUGCUACCAAUGCACUUGAAUUUUCCCAUCAGCUAGCAGCUUUCACAAGAGAUGCUGCCAAAUUUGCAGAUAAAGAGGAUGUUAUCUAUUUAGCUUACAUGUUGGAAAAACUACUUCUAUAUAUGGAAGAAAUCAAAGACCAGCUUGCAGAUGCUGUCAUAGAGAUUGCCAGCAAUGUAAUGCUGGUAGAUGACCAUGUAUUAUGGAUGGCGCAAAAGGACAAAAAAGCAUGUGCAAGAAUUGUGCAAUGUGUGACACGCAUUUCAAAUCAAACUCUGAGCAGCAGUGCACAAGUUGUAUCAAAGGUUUCUCUUAAUAUUGCUCUGGAAGCUUUUUGGAUCAAGCCAUCCAUUUUCAUGGGCAUGACUUGUAUUGCUUUCCAAAAACUAUCUGCUAAUCCAGACAGGUCACUGAGUUCUGACACAAAGAGCACGGUGACAGACCAACCCUUGAAUUUUAACUGCAACCCUGGAAAUAAAAAUACCUCCUUGAUGAAUUUCUCUUCCAUGAAUGCUGUGGCUAUAGCUUCAGUUCAUUUGCCACAGUCUGUCUUCUCCUCAUCUGCAGCCUGGCAAUCUGUUGAUAACUCCUCUUGCAAGCUACAGUUUAUUGCCUUUCGGAAUGGAAAACUCUUUCCCAACACCGCAAACUCGUCUCACCUUGCAGGUUAUGGGAAGCAGAGGGUCAUUGGCACACCCGUAGUCUUCAUUAAAAUAGAUGGGUGCAAUAUCGGAAACCUCACCAGUCCUCUUAUUAUAACGCUGAAGCACUUUACCCAGGGCAUAAACCCCAUUGCAGUCUUUUGGGCUUUUGACCUUCUAGAUGGACAUGGAGGCUGGUGGGGAGAAGGGUGCCACAUAAUUAGCUCUGCAGACAAUAUUACCACUCUUCAUAGUACUCACUUCGGUAACUUUGCAGUGCUAAUGGAUCAGAAGACGGUAUGGCCCCUAUCCCAAUACCCAGGGGAGUUCCUGCACCCUGUGGUUUAUGCAUGUACUGCGGUCAUGUUAUUGUGCCUCUUUGCUUCAAUUAUCACCUAUAUUGUGCAUCACGGCACAAUUCGAAUCAGCAGAAAAGGUUGGCACAUGCUUCUCAACUUCUGUUUCCAUACUGCUCUCACUUUUGCUGUUUUUGCUGGUGGAAUAAAUCGUGUAAAAUAUCCAGUUAUAUGUCAAGCGGUUGGUAUUGUGCUGCAUUAUUCUACACUCUCUACAAUGCUCUGGAUUGGAGUGACAGCAAGAAAUAUUUAUAAACAAGUUACAAAAAAGCCUCAAACAGCCCAAAACAGUGAUCAGCCUUCAUAUCCCAAGCAGCCAUUGCUCAGGUUCUAUCUGAUUAGUGGAGGAGUUCCUUUUAUUAUCUGUGGAAUUACUGCAGCAAUCAACAUAAAUAAUUAUGGGGUAAAACAUUACGCCGGAGCUCAGUUUUGUUGGAUGUCAUGGGAGCCAAGUCUUGGUGCAUUUUAUGGACCGCUUGCAUUUAUUGUUCUGGUAACAUGCAUUUACUUCCUCUGCACCUAUGUGCAAUUGAGGCGUCACCCAGAACGCAAGUAUGAAUUAAAAGAAAGGAUUGAAGAUCAGCAGAGGUUGGCAAGUCCUGAACUUGGCCAUAGUCACAUGACAGACAUUGGAUCAGUUUCCCAGGCAACCUGUUCAAUGAUGUCUUCAUCCUUGUUAGAAAACGAGCACUCCUUCAAGGCUCAGCUUCGAGCUGCUGCGUUCACUUUGUUUCUCUUUACUGCCACCUGGACUUUUGGCGCCCUAGCUGUUUCUCAAGGACAUUUCUUGGAUAUGAUAUUUAGUUGCCUAUACGGAGCAUUUUGUGUAACCUUAGGGCUCUUCAUCCUCAUCCAUCAUUGUGCAAAGCGAGAUGAUGUGUGGCAUUGCUGGUGGUCCUGUUGCCCUUCUCGCAGGAACACCUACUCAGUGCAGGUUAAUGUCCGUCCAAAAGUUAAUGUCAACGGUGAAAGCCAAGCUCAUGCCUCAUGCCUUCAAGAAUCACCAUGCCCAAGUAAAUCUGCCAUGUUUAAUCACCCGGCCGUUAGUCACUGCAAACUCACUAAUCUACAGGCUGUUCAAAACCAUGUCAACUGCCUUUCGCCGGUCACUCCGUGUUGUGCAAAAAUGCAUUGUGACCAGCUCCUGGAAGAUGAAGCUCAUAUUCAUGUCCACAAUGAAGGGACUUUCAGACCCAACAUGCACAUCCACAGAUGUUUGAAAAGUAGAACUAAACCACGGUAUUUUAGCCGACAUCGGUCUACUGGAGAAAGGGAGUAUGCUUACCACAUUCCUUCAAGUAUUGAUGGCAGCAUACACAGCUCACAUACAGACAGUCCGCAUAGUACACAUGACAGUCACUCAGGCCAUAGGCGGCCGUGUUGUGCAAAAAACAGUCCCUAUCCAACCAUCACUCAGCCUGAAAGUAGUGAUGCAAGUACUGUGAUCUACAGUUGUGCUAAAGUCCCAGAACCUGAGACAGGCUCUCAUUUCGAAAUGCAUCCACGGACACAAUCCUUGCCAUUUAGCACAACCAGCCACAAUGGAAUCCUAAAGGGAAACUUGCAUGAAGCCAUGAUCUACAGUUCAGAUAUUACAGGAAAUAUCAAAACAGGGCCGUGGAAGAAUGAAACUACUGUGUAGUUAGUAAGCCACAUUUCUCGACUUGCAGCUCAAAGCAUCAUAGACUGCAAACCUAUAUACAGCAAUUUGGGAGUAAGCCCAAUUAAAUCUGCUGGACUUACUUCUGAGUAGACCUAGGUAGGUUUGUACUGUUGGUCUUCAUUUUCCUUCUAAACCUAAUAAGAUUCUACGUGUUGGUGUGGCACAUGAGAUAACUACAGGUUUUCAACCUUUUUUUUUCUUAAUAAGAAAAGGCUUUUAAAAAGCAGGGCAGUCUCGAAAUUAUUUUUUUAAAAAUGACAGAGUGACAUUCAAUGGAGAAUGAAAACAAAAACCUAGGAAACAGACUGUGAGGUGUUUGUUACUACAGGUAGUCCUUGAGUUAUGACCACAAUUGACAUUGGGAUUAUUUCUGUCAUGCAUUGUUGCAAUCAUAAGUAGAGCCGGAGCCAAUUUUACAACAAUUUUUAUGGUGGUCAUUGUGAAUCACUGCAAUUGUUAAGUAAAUCACAUGGUUACUAAACAAUCUAGCUUCUCAAAUGGGCCUCUCUUUUUUGGCCCAAAAUCACAUAACAAUAGGAU